AUGACGGCUUUUGAAGAAAUGGGUGUCUUGCCGGAAAUAGCAAAGGCAGUUGACGAUAUGGAUUGGACACUACCAACGGAUGUCCAAGCUGAAGCUAUACCAUUAAUUCUGGGUGGUGGCGAUGUCCUCAUGGCUGCAGAAACUGGUAGCGGAAAAACUGGUGCUUUUUGUUUGCCUAUUUUACAAAUAGUUUGGGAGACUCUUAAAGAUUUGGAAUCCGGAAAAGGGGCUGGAACCGUUGUAGUACAACAACCAACACAUUGGGGAUUGAGCCUGUUUGAUAGAGGACGAGCUAUGGCAGUAACCCUAGAUGGUUUAAGAUGUCAAAGCAGAGAGCAAAAAGAAUGGCAUGGUUGCCGUGCAAAUAAAGGUGUGUCGGGCAGUGGCAAGUAUUUUUUUGAAGCAACAGUUACCGAUGAAGGUUUAUGUCGAGUAGGCUGGUCCAUGUCUCAGGCUAGCUUAGAUUUAGGAACGGAUAAAUUUGGUUAUGGAUUUGGUGGUACUGGGAAAAAAUCAAAUGCCAAGCAAUUUGAUAACUAUGGAGAGGCGUUUGGAAUGCACGAUGUGAUUGGAUGUUUUCUCGACUUGGUGAAAGGCGAGAUAAAAUUUACCAAGAACGGUGUAGAUUUAGGCGUCGCGUUUACAUUAAACGCGCAACAAAAAUCGCAGACUUACUAUCCAGCUGUUGUGUUAAAGAACGCCGAGAUGGCAUUCAAUUUUGGAGCGCAACCGUUUAAAUAUCCACCUCCAAAUGACUAUACAGCUGUAUCAUCAGCUCCGAAAGAAUCUGUCAAGAAUAAUGCGGUUAAUAGCAAUCAAAGUUCAUCCAACGAAAGUGGCAAACCGAGGAAUAACGCUCCUCAAGCAAUCAUUAUAGAACCUUCUCGCGAAUUAGCUGAACAAACUUACAAUCAAAUUCAGAAGUUUAAAACACAUUUAAAGGAUCCGACAAUUAGAGAACUGCUUGUUAUCGGUGGGGUAAAUGUAAAAGAACAGAUUACCAUUUUGAAUUCUGGCGUAGAUAUAGUAGUUGGGACUCCUGGACGACUAGAAGAUCUCAUACAAGGCGGUUAUUUAUCAUUAACACACUGCAGGUUCUUUGUACUUGAUGAAGCUGAUGGAUUGUUAAAACAAGGUUACACCGAACUUAUCGAUCGUUUGCACAAACAAAUCCCGAAAAUUACGUCGGAUGGGAAGAGAUUGCAGAUGAUCGUGUGUUCGGCGACACUACACGCAUUUGAAGUUAAAAAGAUGGCCGAACGUUUGAUGCAUUUUCCAACUUGGGUAGAUUUAAAGGGUGAAGAUGCGGUGCCCGAGACCGUACAUCAUAUUGUAGUGAUGGUAGAUCCGCAAAAGGACAAAACAUGGCGUAACUUGAGGAACUGCAUACAAACUGACGGCGUACACGCGAGAGACGACAUGAAUAGAAUGAAUGAUAUUGCUUGUUCGUUGUCAGAGGCUGUGAAGAUACUAAAGGGAGAGUACUGCAUUCGCGCUAUCAAGGAACACAAAAUGGAUCGGGCAUUGAUAUUCUGCAGAACAAAACUCGAUUGCGAUAAUCUCGAGAGAUAUUUAAAGAGAUCUGGUGGACAACAGUUCUCAUGUGUGUGUCUACAUGGAGAUAGGAAACCUGCAGAACGUAAAGCUAAUUUAGAGAAGUUCAAACGCCAAGAGGUAAAAUUUUUGAUCUGCACUGAUGUGGCUGCCAGAGGAUUGGACAUCACUGGUCUGCCUUUUAUGAUAAAUGUAACCCUGCCCGACGAAAAAUCCAAUUAUGUACAUCGUAUUGGAAGAGUUGGCAGAGCUGAAAGAAUGGGUCUAGCCAUUUCUUUGGUCAGUAGCGUACCGGAAAAGGUCUGGUAUCACGGCGAGUGGUGUCCUUCUCGCGGAAGAAACUGCAGCAAUACAAAUCUGACCGAUCAAGGUGGCUGUUGCACAUGGUAUAAUGAACCUCAAUAUUUGGCGGACAUUGAAGAUCAUUUAAAUGUGACGAUUCAACAAGUUGGCCCAGACAUAAAAGUGCCAAUGAACGAGUUCGAUGGGAAAGUUACAUAUGGCGAAAAGAGAGUGGCAAUGGGUUCGGAUUAUAAAAAUCAUGUCCAACAAAUGGCUCCCGUUGUGGCCGAAUUAGCUGCACUAGAAUCCAGAGCACAGAUUGCGUUUUUAAAGACGCAUAUAGCGGAACGUUAACGAAAAACAAAAUACUCAAUUGGAGAUUAAUGACUGAAAUCUUAAUCGAGUCUCAUGAUUCUAAUAACGUAGAGCUUUAUAUUGCAAUCGUAACUAUUCGUAAUCGUAACUAAAGAAAGCUAAUUAUGUUAUUACUUCUAAUACGACAUAUAUAUUUCGUAUAAAAAUCGAUUGUAUCACUCUAUUACUUUCUCUUUCUUUCUGUACUUAUGAACAUUUCUAAAAUUUCUUUUGCAUUUGUAGAGAGUUAUGGUGUAUUGCAUAAAUAUAAAUAUAGCGGUAAAAAUGAAAUGUUUUUCUUCUUUGUGUAUUACAUUAAAACUAUGUACGAUAAAA